AUGGCCAGCGACGGGGCCAGGAAGCAGUUCUGGAAGCGCAGUACCAGCAAGGUCCCGGGCAGCAUCCAGCAUGUGUAUGGAGCCCAGCACCCCCCUUUUGACCCACUGGUGCACGGCACCUUGCUCAAGUCCACACCCAAGGUGCCGACCACCCCAGGGAAGGCCAAGAGGGUCAGCACCUUCCAGGAGUUCGAGAGCAACACCAGCGACGCCUGGGAUGCGGGGGAGGAUGAUGAUGAGCUCCUGGCCAUGGCGGCCCAGAGCCUGAACACCGAGGUGGUCAUGGAGGCGGCCCACCGCGUCCUGCGCAACCACAGCCAGCGGCAGGGCCAGCCCGAGCCACAGGAGGUGCCCGUGCCCAAGCCAGAGCCGAAGCCUGUGGCAGAGCCACCUGCAGCCCUGACCAGUGACCUCCGGCUGGUGAAGUCGGUCAGCGAGAGCCACACGUCCUGUGCCGCAGAAAGUGCCAGUGACCCGGCCCCUCUGCAGAGGUCCCAGUCCCUCCCACCCUCGGCCACCAUCACGCUGGGCCCUGGCGCCCCAGGCAGCUCGGCACUGAGUGAGAGAGAGGCCUCCCGGCUGGACAAGUUCAAGCAGCUGCUCGCGGAGCCCAACACUGACCUUGAGGAGUUGCGGAAGCUGAGCUGGUCCGGAAUCCCUAAGCCAGUUCGUCCGAUGACGUGGAAGCUUCUCUCAGGUUACCUUCCUGCCAACGUAGACCGGAGACCCGCCACUCUGCAGAGAAAGCAGAAAGAAUACUUCGCUUUCGUGGAGCACUACUACGAUUCUCGGAAUGACGAAGCUCACCAGGACACGUACCGACAGAUUCACAUAGAUAUCCCGCGGAUGAGCCCCGAAGCAUUAAUACUGCAGCCCAAGGUGACGGAGAUUUUCGAAAGGAUCCUGUUUAUAUGGGCGAUCCGUCAUCCUGCCAGUGGAUACGUUCAGGGGAUAAAUGACCUGGUCACUCCUUUCUUUGUGGUCUUCAUUUGUGAAUACACAGAGGAGGACGACGUGGACACGCUUGACGUCUCCCGCGUGCCCGCAGACGUGCUGCGCAACAUCGAGGCCGACACCUACUGGUGCAUGAGCAAGUUGCUGGACGGCAUCCAGGACAACUACACCUUUGCCCAGCCUGGGAUUCAAAUGAAAGUGAAGAUGCUGGAGGAACUGGUGAGCCGGAUUGAUGAACCCGUCCACCAGCACCUGGACCAGCACGAGGUACACUACCUGCAGUUCGCCUUCCGCUGGAUGAACAACCUGCUGAUGCGGGAGCUGCCUCUGCACUGCACCAUCCGCCUGUGGGACACCUACCAGUCGGAACCGGAGGGCUUUUCUCAUUUCCACUUGUACGUUUGUGCUGCUUUCCUCGUGAGAUGGAGGAAAGAAAUACUAGAAGAAAGAGAUUUUCAAGAGCUGCUCCUCUUCCUGCAGAACCUGCCCACUGCCUGCUGGGGUGACGAGGACAUCAGCCUGCUGCUGGCCGAGGCCUAUCGCCUCAAGUUUGCCUUCGCGGACGCCCCCAAUCACUACAAGAAGUGAGCCCGGGCCUCACGGUUGGGGCAGCGCCCUCCCUGCUGGCCAGCUGCUGGCCCGCGGAGCUGGUCCCGGCCACGCACUACCCUGCUGCUGCCCCCCCUUGCAGCCACUUGCCAGGGUGGGCCCGGUGUGGCCUCACGCUGGUGGGACCGGGUGGCCCCAGUUUUCUGAGAUACCAAAGAGCCAGGGACAGAUCCCGGCUUUGGGGGUUAAACGUGGUCCGGGAAGCCCCCUGCCCUGUCCCUGGAGCGUCCUUGCCAAACGCCCACCCUGGACCCUGAGCUGGAGCAGCUAAGAGGCAGCCCUGAAGCGUGGCCUGCCGUGCGGGUGCCAGGCAGUGACGGCGCCCAUCUCAGACCUGCUCUGCAAAGCAAAGACUCCUCUGCGGGACGAAAGAAUAAAGAGCGGGCUAAAUGCUGGGGGUGCAGGGGUGAGCUGGAGGGGCUCUGCACAGAGCUGCUGGCGGCCGGCAGCAUCUGGGCCGUGGCCCUGCCUGCAGGGCUGAUUUCUUUCUCGCCUGGAACUUGGCUGGAAGCCGACCUCGGGUGAUCUGGGAGGCUGGGGACAGGAGGCCGAAGGCAGAGUGAGGCCACUCACAGGUGCCUUACCUUCCAUCUCUCCUGGGCCGCUGCUGCCCUUAGUGGUCGCUGUCACAUGCCCCACCGGGGGUCAGUGCUGCUCUUAGCAGGGCUGGGGAUGGGCCGUGGACACACAGGGUAACCUAGUUGAGCACUUCCUGCCACUGCCCACUGUGCCAGGUGAUUGUCCCGUCCAGCCUCCCCCACGUCCUCUGAGUGUCCUGGCCGUGUGAGCCUUUGUGAUGUAGGUCCUGCUAGGCCGUGUGGGAGGUGUGGACACAGGCUCUGUGAGCUGUGUCUGACAGGGUGGGGCAGCCUCCUGUCCUCAGCGGCCUGCUGUGACUGCUCCGAGAUGCUGCCCUUCCUUGAGGAGCAGCCCCGCCCUUGCCCGGGUGCCAAGAGACUGCCCAGAGGCCGGGGCCCCGAUGUGUGCAAUGUGUGUGUGCUUGCUUCCUUUAAAGUGUUCUCUGGUCAUUACAUGUGGUGGGAAACUGGCACAGCGCUCUGUGCCAGUGUCCUGUGCCCCAAGACAGCAGAGGGCCGUGUGCCUGAGGCCAGGUAGAGCUCACAUCCAGCCAAGUUCAGGGUUCCUUCCGGAGGGGAUAAGGAGCUGCCCCACGGCUCUGUGUGUGAAAGCCCCAUCUCCUUCCCAGGCUCAGCUCUGGAAACUGCUCUGCCUGGACUUACACGUGUCCACGCGGCCAGAGGUUGCAGACACAGCAGGCCUGCCUCUAGUGGUAGUUUAUUUUUCAGUGGGAAAGGACUCAUGAGCUUAAAUUAAGCCCUGUGUGUAUUUCAUGUGUGCAAAUGCCAGACUGGGUAUGAGGGACACUGGCAGUAGUCCCAGGUCUGAGAAGGUGACUGGAGUAUGUGUCUGGAACGUGUGGGAAGAUGAAAUAAAGAUGCUCUGAUGCAG